AAGUCCCGGUAUUCUACAGUCAUGAAGCUGUUGGUAGUGUUCGUUGCUCUGGUGGCGGCCGUUCUGGCUGAAGAGGCGAUCUUCCAGGACUACCACCAGGAGAUCGGUAUAGAACUAGCCGCUAAGAUCAAGGCUCGCGAGGAAGCUGCCGACUUCGAUGGCUCCAGGAUCACAGGAGGAAACGCUGCUGCCCUCGGCUCUCACCCACACUUGGGUGGUCUAGUCAUCACACUUAACAAUGGCUUCACCUCCGUCUGCGGCUCCUCCCUCCUCUCCAACACGCGCGCCGUCACCGCCGCCCACUGCUGGAGACACGGCAACAGCCAAGCUCUCCAGUUCGUCGUGGUCCUCGGCUCCACCCUCCUCUUCUCCGGCGGAGUCCGCGUCCCCACCUCCAACGUGGAAGUCCACGCCAACUACAACCAGAACAACUUGAACAAUGAUAUUGCUGUCAUCAACCUCAGCUGGGUUACUUACACCAACGUCAUUCAGCCCAUCAGCCUGCCUACUUCUCAAGUGAACAACAACUUCGCCGGCACCUGGGCCUGGGCUGCCGGCUUCGGCGCCACCGGAGACAACAACCCCAUCACCAACAACCAGUUCCUGAGCGAGGUCUCCCUGCAAGUGAUCACCAACGCUGUGUGCGCCUCCACUUACGGCAACUCUGUGGUCGCCAGCUCCGUCAUCUGCGUGAGCGGCCAGGGCCGCAGCACCUGCGGCGGGGACUCCGGCGGCCCCCUGUGGGUGUGGGUCGGCAGCGAGCGCAACCUGAUUGGUAUCACCUCCUUCGGCCACGUGAGCGGCUGCCAGAACGGCUUCCCCGCCGGGUUCGUCAGAGUGACCUCCUUCAUCUCUUGGCUCCAGGCCCGUCUGUGAACGCACCAGAUUCAUAGAUAAAAUUCACUACCAGAUUAAUGGCAUUUAUAAUUUAAGCUCUACUAAUAAAUGAUUCAUAGCUAA